AUGAAUCAUGAUGAAAACAGAAACGUCGAAUUCUUCCAGUGCCUAACCUCGGGAGUUUGUGGCAGCGGUGGCGGAUUAUGUGCGCCUCCACCACCACUUCCUUGUCAACCGAACGCUUGUCAGCCUGGGUAUCAGUGCGGACAGUACGGAUGUGCUCGUAAUCGUGCUCGAAGCGCCCUGACAAAAAAGGUGGUGAGUGAAGAUCGGAUGAGUUCCAUGAUUUUCUUAUCGGAUUCUUCUCUCAACUUUUUUCCAAGAAGUAGUAGUAGCAUAUUAGCAAUAAUAGCCGUGAUAAGAAACAAUUCGAGCUUUCAGAAUCCAAAUUUCAUCUUCCGGAAAUGCUGCGAACAGCGAGGGCUUCCUGAUGCCUGUCUCAACAAGUGCAACUUCAACUUCUACACGAAGGACGCGUUGCAAGAGAUGUACUUCAAAAUUGACGGUUGUCCGAUCGAAGCCACAGCUGAUAUGCACUUUUGCGCCGCUCAGGGACGAGACCACACAGAGUGUUGUCACCAAAACGGAGUGGCAACGACACUAGCCGGCAUCAAAUGUUUGACUUUCUGCGAUCAACGGCCGAACAGGAUCAUCAAGUUAGAUUACUCCUACGUUCCAUGCUAUGAACGAUUCGAGCAGAUGAAGCAAUGCUUCUACAAAGAAAUUCGCAACAAAGCACAAGAGCAGUUCGGAUUUACGUGA